ACGAGGGAGGAUGCUCAGAGCGAAAGCAACCUUUCCAGACACCAGUGAAGUAACAGUCUGCGCGUUGUUCUCUGCUCUGGAUGCUACUGCUGGGAUGUGUAUUUUGGAAGACGGGUCGGGCAGCAGCCACCCAGCAGCAUCCCCGUCACUGAGCCUGACACGAAUGACAAGUAAAAGAGCGCUUUCAAGCAAGUGAAGAGCACAGGAAUGUGCACAAGUCUGCCGGGCUCCUCUCAGGCGUCUCUCAGCGACAUUUUGGACCUUUUGGACCUACCUCGAUUUGUUUGGAAACACCCAAACCCAGUAGAGUAGAAUUCGCAGAGCAACUGAAUUCGUUUUAUUUUGAAUUUGCAUUUAAUUUCGUUGUUGGGCGGGGAGUUGGUUUGUUGGGAGUGUUUUCUUUUGUCAAGCGCCAAGACAAACUUCUACCAUGGCACUGGUUAUGGAGCCUGUGAGCAAGUGGAGCUCCAGUCAAGUGGUUGACUGGAUGAAAGGCCUGGACGACUGCCUGCAGCAGUACAUCAAGACCUUUGAGAAGGAGAAAGUAGGGGGUGACCAGCUGCUGCGUAUCACCCACCAGGAGCUGGAGGAUUUGGGAGUGUCCAGAAUUGGCCACCAGGAGCUCAUACUGGAGGCUGUGGACUUACUCUGUGCUUUGAAUUACGGGCUCGAGACGGAGAAUCUGAAGACGCUCUCUCACAAGCUUAACGCGUCUGCCAAGAACCUGCAGAACUUCAUCGCAGGCCGGCGGCGCAGCGGCCAUUACGACGGCCGAGCCACCCGCAAGCUUCCCAACGACUUUCUUACCUCUGUGGUGGACCUCAUCGCUGCUGCCAAAAGCCUCCUGGCGUGGCUGGACAGGUGCUCCUUCUUUUUCAGGUCUCCAUUUGCUGCAGUAGCAGAUUACUCCGUGACCAGAAACAAUGUGAUCCAGCUGUGUCUGGAGCUCACUACGAUUGUACAACAGGACUGUUCUGUGUACGAAACGGAGAACAAGAUCCUGCAUGUGUGUAAAACUCUGUCCGAAGUGUGCGACCACAUUAUCUCCCUGUCCUCGGAUCCAAUGGUGUCCCAGUCUGCACAUUUGGAGGUUGUGCAGCUAGCUAACAUAAAAUCCACUGAAGGCUUGGGUAUGUAUAUCAAAUCAACGUAUGAUGGCUUGCAUGUAAUCACUGGGACGACAGAAGGAUCCCUGGCUGACCGUUGUAAGAAAAUCCACGCUGGAGAUGAAGUCAUUCAGGUCAAUCAUCAGACAGUGGUGGGCUGGCAGCUGAAGAACCUGGUGAACUUGUUGCGUGGGGACCCGGCUGGUGUCACCCUAACGCUGAAGAAACGCCCACAGAGCACGCUCACAUCAACCCCUGCUCUGUUAAAAAACAUGCGAUGGAAACCAUUAGCUCUGCAACCAAUCUUCCCUCAGAGCCCCAGCAGCAGCGUUGCAACGCCCACCAGCACUUUAAGCACUCCAUCCAGGAGGAGUAGCUGUGCCCUGCAGGACCUCUUCAUCCCCCCUCCUCCAGCAGAGCCCUACACCCCCAGAGAUGAUAAAGGAAAUCUGCCCGAUGAGGAUCCUCAGUCGGACGUGCCUGUCGCAGAGGGCUCUGAGUCACCAAACUCCUACCUGGACCAGGAGUGCCGGCGGCAAUUUCCUCUGGUGGAGGAGGAUGCUAUACUGUACUGUUAUGAGUAUGACCAGAACCAAGAGGCGUCCUCAGUCCGCAGGGGGAGCACUCCCACCUAUGGCAGGCUUAGGCCCAUCUCAAUGCCAGUGGAAUACAACUGGGUGGGAGACAACGAAGACAUGGCCAAGCCGAAGAGAGAGAGCAGGAGAGAAAAUUCCCUGCUACGUUUUGCGAGUGAGGACAAAACCCCUGGGGAGGACUUCCUACUGGGCCGCAGUCUGAGUCAGAACAGGAGGAAGACUGAGCGAGGAGGCAGCCCCACCCACUACACACUUGUCCCCGCUCUGCAGAUGGAAGUCUCCCUCUCUACGUCCAGCUCUGACUCUGCAUCCCUGUAUCAUCAGGUGUUUGAGCGAUCUUCACUGCUGUCAAGGUCUAAGAAGAAGAGCAAAGCUGGAAGUCCGAUGUCUUCAAUCAGCAAGCGGCGGAUUUCCUGCAGGGACUUGGGUCAGGGGGACUGUCAGGGCUGGCUGUGGAAAAAGAAGGAUGCAAAAACCUAUUUUUCACAAAAGUGGAAGAAGUACUGGUUCAUCUUGAAAGACACGUGCCUGUACUGGUACAUGAAUGAGGAGGAUGAGAAGGCAGAGGGCUUUGUCAGCCUUCCAGAGUUCAAGAUUGAUCGUGCCACUGAAUGCAGAAGGAAGUUCGCUUUCAAGGCUUGCCAUCCGAAGAUAAAGACCUUCUACUUCGCUGCAGAAAAUGUAGAUGACAUGUCCCGGUGGCUGAGUCGCCUGAGCAUGGCAGUGGCAGGCUACUCCGAGCAGGAGAAAAUGCGCCAGGACCAAGAUUACUGGAGUGAGAGUGAUCAUGAAGACAUGGAGAUGCCUUCAAUGACCAAACAGGACAGUCCACCACCACCUUACGACACAUAUCCCAGAGCGUCUUCAGUAAGUCCCUACCUGGAACCUAAACGUGGCCACCUCUCCUCAUCUGACACAUUCCAGUCACGUUCCUCUCAUGAGGAAUUCCACUCUGAGCCUCAGGAAAGCAGCAGCAACAACGGCGUCUCCCCCGGGCAGAAGACGAGCAGCCACCGAAACUCGUGGCAGGACCAGAUGGAGAGCAACACGAGGAUGCACUACCUCCAGACGUUUCCCGUGGAGGAAUCCCUGCUACAUGAGGAUAGAGACCAGCUGGCGAUGGAGUACCGCAGGCAGUCCACCCUGCCGGCGCAGCGCAACCUGCUGCAAGAACAGUACAGAGCGCUGCCUCUGCCCCUCAGGGCCAGUAUCGAUUCAGAUGCAGGGGGGAAACCUCGCAGCUUCACACUUCCCAGAGACAGUGGGCUCCACGCUAUCCUAGCUGCCACCGCUGCUGCAGCAGAUCAGAGAGAACCGCAGCACUACCAGCUGGACCGAGCCAGAGACUCAGGUCACAGACGAGAAUGCAGAAUGCAGACGGACUCUCUGGUGGAUUUGUACCGGGCUCUGGAGCAGACCAAUUUGUCCACCUCUGCCGACCACAGAUCAGCCGGCCGCUUGGAGUACAAGCGCUCAUUUGUCCGCCGAGUUAAUGACCCCUUGCUAAAUGACAAGCUUCACCGCCUGCGGAUCCUCCACAGCUCGCUGAAGAAUGUCCCUCUUCAAGACACGAAUCGGUCGUUGGGUUUCUUAGGGUAGCCUGUCAAGGACUGGCUGUGUAAUCUCUCCCUGUGCCUCAUGCUGCCAGCUUCCCACUGCUGGAGAUAAAAGGCACCGUCUUUUACCUGCUCGGCUUUCCAUCCCAUCUCCUUUCACUGCUCCUUUAUCUUCUCUCACCCCGCAGAAGCACAAAGACUUGGUGUCCCUCAUUGCCUCAUCUCUCUCUGUUUUCUAAUGAGGGCUGUGCCAGGAGGCAAAAAAAAAAGAUGUGUGGUUUGACUAAACAGCUAAUAGACUUACAGGGUUUAUAGCAAAUAAGCACUUUGUGUCCGUGUCAAAGAUUCGUCAGAGAGAUUUUUAACUCAUCGUCACAUGCAUGGCCACCUCCCGUCGCUUCUGUCGAAUCGUUUUGAAUAUUAUGCUGGAGUUGUGUGCAGCCGCUCACGUUUUGGAUGUGCACAACAUUUCAUUAUGCAUGUAUGUUUGAUUCCUGGGAAUAUUUGUUCUAUGACUGUACAGGUUGUUAAGCGUAUAUAUAUAUACAUAUAUAUAUAUAUAAACAUACAUUAUAUAUUUAAUAUUGCAUCACGAGAACAGUGACUACACAAUGUUUUGGGGUACUUUAUAAAUUGUAAAUCCAGUGCUGUGCCUCAGUGAUAGUGAAUGUACGCUGUACUUUUCCAGGCGAGACUAGAGAAGCUAUAGAAAGGAGCUAUUCCUCAUAACAGAGGCACAAAAAUACAAUGGUUGGCAAUAAUGAACUAGUAUAGUAAAUUACAAAGGAAUGAUCAGAAUAGUUGUCUAUUUUUGUAUGCAUGCUGUCUACCUGAUUGUUUGUAGAACAGUUUUGUAUUUCUAAGUGAGUUUGUUCUGGAGAAUACUGGUGUCACCCCUGAUGUCACCCACCCACACCACACCCAACUCCACGUGCACACAAGUGCAACAACCAAUAUGGUGUUUUUUAAUUCUUCUUCAACAAACCGUUUUUUUUUUUUAAGUGUUCAUUAUAAAAAAGAGGAAUAACUGUAUUUAUUAAGUGUUUAAUGUACCAGCAUGCUUUGUAAGACUAAAACACAUUACCAUGCCAUUUGAAACUGACUCACAUUGCACAUCUGUGCCAUAUUGUAGCGACAUUACUUUUUUUUUUAUUAUUAAAUAAAGUAUGGUAUGGACACAG